CCUGCUCGCGGGCCGCGUGCGGAGCCGCGCGCCCCGGAGGCUCCGGGACCGUGGCGGCGGGCGGCGGCGGCGCAGCCCUGCGCGGGUCAUGUCUUCUCCGGCCGUAGCGAGGAGCUCCCAGGGAGAGACCCAAGAGGUGGACCCCCGGCCGCGGAGCCGGGGCCGGUUCUGGGAAGUGGGCGGCGGCGGCGGCGACCGGCUGGAGAGCGCGGCCGCGGAGUCGGAGCGCUGGGAGCUGCUGCUCCGCCGGGGCGAGCUGCUGGCGCUGGGCGGCCACCUGAAGGCAGCGCUGGAGGCGUACGCGGCGGCGCUGCGCCGCGGGGCCCCGGUCAGGCCCGAGUGCCUCGGCACCCUGGUGGACUGCCUGGUGUUCAACUACCGGCUCCGCCACGGGCUGGGCUGGAGCGCGGCCCCGGCGGAGGGCGCCCACCCCGGCGCCGGCGGGCUGCUCCGCUGCCUGGGCUGCCGGGGCUUCCUGAGCGAGCCGGUGACCGUGCCCUGCGGUCACAGCUACUGCCGCCGCUGCCUGCGGAGAGAGCUCCGCGCCCGCUGCCGCCUCUGCCGGGACCGGCUGCCGCCCGCCGCGGCCGCUGAUGCCGAGGGGACCUCCGCGCGGCCGCCGCCUGCGGCCGCCGCCAUCGCUGCUUCGGGCUUCAGGACCAGCGUCGUCCUCAGCCACCUGGCCGAAAAGUGGUUCCCGGGCCAGCGGGAGAGAGCUCGGGCGGCCGGCCGGCUCGGGGAGCUGCUGCGCCAGGGGCGCUACCGGGAGGCCCUGGCCGCCGCCUGCGAGGAGCUGCGAGCAGAGCCCAGCGAUUUGACUCUGAAAGUUUACAGAGCUGAAUCAUAUGCUGGUCUUCAAGAGUUUAAAGCAGCCAUAGAAGAUUUAAAUGCAGUUCUCUUUCAACUGCCAAAUUGGCCUGAGGUCUACUUCAGGAAAGGAAAAGUCCUCCAUGAUGCUGGCUUUUUAGGUGAUGCCUUACAACUGUUUCUUCAGUGCUUAGCACUAGAUGAAGAUUUCGCACCUGCAAAGCUAGAAGUAGAAAAGAUUUUAUGUGAUUUAUUAUCACCUGAAAACUUAAAAGAAGGCCUGAAGGACUCUUCCUGGAGUUCAUUACCAUGUAUUAAAAACAAACCUUUUGGUUUUCCUUCAGUAAUGGAAGAGUCUCACUCUGCCAGUGAGCUCAGCACAGAGCAGAAUGAAGAAAUAGCAGAGGUCACUUCAGAGCCUGUCAAAGGUAGCCUAAACCGGGCUCGCUCAGCACAGGCUAUAAAUUCAACAGACAUGCCUGCCAGAGAGGAUUGUUUAAAAAGAGUGUCCUCAGAACCUUCACUGUGUAUUCAAGAGAAAGGUGUUCUGCUGAAAAGAAAGUUGUCUCUUUUAGACCAGGAUGUGAUUGUAAAUGAAGAUGGAAGAAAUAAGCUGAAAAGACAGGGAGAAACUCCCAAUGAAGCCUGUACGUUUUCAUUAACUUACGGUGACAUCCCAGAAGAAUUAAUAGAUGUCUCAGAUUUUGAGUGUUCUCUCUGCAUGAGGUUGUUUUUUGAGCCAGUAACAACCCCUUGUGGACAUUCAUUCUGUAAGAACUGUCUAGAGCGUUGUUUAGAUCACACACCGUACUGUCCCCUUUGCAAAGAAAGCUUAAAAGAGUAUCUAGCAGAUAGGAGGUACUGUGUCACACAGCUGUUGGAAGACUUAAUAGUGAAGUAUCUGCCUGAUGAACUGUCUGAGAGAAAAAAAAUAUAUGAUGAAGAAACUGCUGAACUCUCACACUUGACCAAGAAUGUUCCAAUAUUUGUUUGCACUAUGGCCUACCCCACUGUGCCUUGCCCUCUUCAUGUAUUUGAGCCAAGAUACAGAUUGAUGAUUCGAAGAAGUAUACAGACUGGAACUAAACAGUUUGGGAUGUGUGUCAGCGAUACACAAAAUAGUUUUGCAGAUUAUGGUUGUAUGUUACAAAUUAGAAAUGUACAUUUCUUGCCUGAUGGAAGGUCUGUGGUUGAUACAGUUGGAGGAAAGCGGUUUAGGGUUUUAAAAAGAGGAAUGAAAGAUGGAUACUGCACUGCAGACAUUGAAUAUCUGGAAGAUGUUAAGGUUGAGAAUGAAGAUGAAAUAGAGAACCUCCGACAGCUUCAUGAUUUGGUCUACUCUCAAGCCUGCAGCUGGUUUCAGAAUUUAAGAGACAGAUUUCGAAGCCAAAUUCUUCAGCACUUUGGAUCAAUGCCCGGGAGGGAGGAAAACCUCCAGGUGAUCCCUAAUGGACCCGCCUGGUGUUGGUGGCUUCUUGCCGUCCUUCCCGUCGACCCCCGCUACCAGCUGUCGGUUUUGUCAAUGAAGUCUUUGAAAGAACGGUUGACAAAGAUACAGCAUAUACUGACUUAUUUUUCUAGAGACCAAUCUAAGUAACCAACUGCUUGGAUCUUCCUCUAAAAUUACCCUAAUCUGGCUGUGGUGAUGGCCAGAUUGUCUGCUGCCUUUGCACAUCCAGUGCUGGUUUGAGAAAUGUAAUGAAACCGUUUUUGUUUUUGUUUUUUCCUUCAACCUCCUGAAUCAUGUGGUUCUGCAAACAAAUACCUUCAACUAGGAUUUAGACCACUAAGAACUUGCACAGAAAAACACACAGACUGUGUGUGUUAAACCUCUACAUUGUGAUGAAGUUGCACUAUGUACCAUACUCUAAAUGAAAUGAGAAUUCUGUGUGUGUGUGUGCACGUGUGUGUGCGUGGGGUG